AUGGGCUCACGGGCUUCUGAACUGCCCGAAGCCAAGAGAGCACUUGAGGCUGCAGCCUGAGGGAGCAAAUUGAACUCAGUGAAAUCCGCAAGACUGCCGAUGGGGCUACUGACACCAUGCAGAAGCAUAGAGUCUUUUUCUUAUCUCGUGUGUGAGGGAGGAAAAAAGGUUUUUUUGGGAACUGAUAAUAGCAUCAUAACUGAAUAUAAAGAAAGAAAAAAGAAAGACCAGUACAGAGGGAAGAAGGCCCACAGGUUUAAAAAAGUCACUUGAGUGGUGUUUCCUGACCAAUGGAGAACUAUUUCCAAGCAGAGGCAUACAACCUGGAUAAGGUUUUAGAUGAAUUUGAACAGAAUGAAGAUGAGACAGUUUCUCCAGCAUUAUUGGAUAAGAAGUGGAAUCAACUUCUAGACCCUCAUCUGCUGUCAUUUAGCCCAGCUCUGACCAGUGUGAAUGAAACAACACUUCCAAGUGAGUCACUGCGGACACAGAAAACCUUCUCUCGAUCUCAUCCAGCUCUCCUUCCAUCUGUAGAAGGAGGGGACCACCGUCCUAAUGGGAGAGAGAGUGCUGUAACCCCGGAGACCUCCACCAUGUGCAUUGACGAUCAGGCAACUGCAGAAGAGCAGCUAAUUCAGAGCAACAGUACCUGGGAUGAUCCGUGUAGUUCUGGGGAGGUAGGAGAGGAGAAGCUCCGCAAUAGAGACAAUCUGUCUGAAGAGAAAAACAUUCUUGUUGUAGCCGUCAUGCAUAAUUGUGACAAAAGGACACUACCAAAUGCUGACUUACUGGAUUGUAACAACUACAAUAGCCAUUCUCUAAUGGAUACUAUUAGCUUUACACUGGAUACUGAAAAUGGACAAAAUGAUCCCUUUAGUGUUACUGUAAAUGGGGCUGAGGAAAAAGACACAAACACAGAGAAACCCGGGCUACAGCCGAACCAGCGACAUACCAAGGAUGAUCCUGUUGGCCAUCUAUGUAAUAUUUCACCAGAGAAGCAGUCUAAUCCCUGUUCCCCCUCUCAUUUAAAAGAUGAUAUUAAUUCAAGCAGAGACCCUCCCAUUUUGGGAACUGCAAAUGGAGGGACUGGGGCAAUGACCUCAUCACAGAGAACAAGUCCUGUUGCUGAUGAACAGGAGAGUUGUUUGCCAACUGAGGCUUCUGCUGGGAAAACCAGCUCUCCCAGGACAGAUUCAGAGACUACAAAUUGCUUUACUCACUUGAGCGAGAGGCUUUCGAUGGACGAGGAGUCUCCAGAUGAGAGAACAGCUGGGGAACCCUUCCAGUGUGGGCUCCCUCUGUUCUCUGACCCUGACCAACUGAAUGUGUCUGAAAGCAAUGAUUGCUGUGAGCAGGUUUCAUGUGGGCUUGCCCCAAAUGACGCCAAAGGAGAAGAAAGUGAAGGUUGUGAACUUGGACAGACUCUGGAUGCAACAGAAUCACUUGGUACAGUGGGAUGCUUUUCAGCCUCCGAGGAGGCAACUCAUUGGGAAUUGACUCAGCUGAAUGAAAAAAGUAACAGCCCGACAAGUGGACAGAGUGAAAGGCUUCUGCCAAGGAGCCCACCCAAGGAGGCUUGUGAUGGUGGGGAAAAUGGGGAGGCAAUGGCAGAGGCGGGUGUCCGUCUGAAAGGAACUUGUAUAGAGGAGCUUGAGGGCUAUGGUUUCCCUGCUGUUCUGGAUGUGCCAGCAGCAAAUUCUCUGUCUAAUGGUUGUGAUUCCUAUGGAAUGCUGAACCCAGUUAUUGCUUGUAUUCCAAAGACUUUACCCUCCAAGGAAGAUUCAGUCACAGAGGAGAAGGAGAUUGAGGAAAGUAAAUCAGAAUGCUAUGUGAAUGUUUAUGAGCAGAGAGGAAAUGAGGCCUCAGAGGGGAAUGGGCUUGUCUUAAGCAGCACUAGUGACCAAAUGAAAAAAAACUAUGUUCGUAAUCUCUGUAGUCAGGUCCCAUCUGUUCCGGGGCAAUUGUCCCCUCAAGUAGUAGCUAACGUGCCGCCUAUCAGUGUUCCCUUUGGUGGUGCCAGGCCGAAGCAACCAGCCAUUCUCAAGCUGCAGAUUCCAAAGCCAUUGUCAGAACAUUUACAAAAUGAUCACCCUCCUCACAGCGGCCCUAAUGCUAAAAACAAAAAUGAUAUAUUUGGGAAAGCAAAGUUAGGGGAGAACUCAACAGUAGCUCUGUUCCCUAAUGAGACACUUCAUUCCUCUAUUGCUGAUGCAAAUGGUGACCUUGGAGAAGAUUACGAGGCUGUGGUCUCUAGUAGUCCGUGCCUUGCAGUAGCCUCAGAUAGUCCUGAUAAUGACCUCAGAGCUGGUCAGUUUGGCGUUCCUACCAGAAAGCCAUUUACCACGCUGGGUGAAGUGGCUCCUGUGUGGGUCCCGGAUUCUCAGGCUCCAAACUGCAUGAAAUGCGAAGCCAGGUUUACCUUCACCAAGAGGAGGCAUCAUUGCAGAGCAUGUGGGAAGGUUUUCUGUGCUGCAUGUUGUAGCCUGAAGUGCAAGUUGCUGUAUAUGGAGAGAAAGGAAGCCCGAGUGUGUGUGAUCUGCCAUUCCGUGCUCAUGAAUGCUCAAGCCUGGGAGAACAUGAUGAGUGCCUCAAGCCAGAGCCCUAACCCUAACAAUCCUGCAGAGUACUGUUCUACUAUCCCUCCCUUGCAGCAAGCUCAGGCCUCAGGAGCACUGAGCUCUCCACCUCCCACUGUGAUGGUGCCUGUGGGAGUUUUAAAGCACCCCGGAGCAGAAGUGGCUCAGCCCCGAGAGCAAAGGCGAGUGUGGUUUGCUGAUGGGAUCUUGCCUAAUGGGGAAGUUGCUGAUGCAGCCAAAUUAACAGUGAGUGGUCCUUCCUCCACGGGAGCCUUGGCUGUGUCCCAUGACCCAGCCCAGCCAGUGAGCAGCAGUCCACUGCCAGCAGAGAUGGAUAUUUCUGCAUUCUCUGGGAGUAUAACUCAGGUGGGAAGUCCUGUUGGAAGUGCAAUGAACCUAAUUCCAGAAGAUGGCCUCCCUCCCAUCCUCAUUUCCACUGGGGUCAAAGGAGAUUAUGCUGUGGAAGAACGCCCUUCUCAGAUCUCUGUAAUGCAGCAGCUGGAAGAUGGUGGCCCUGACCCGCUGGUGUUUGUUUUAAAUGCAAAUUUGCUGUCAAUGGUCAAAAUUGUUAAUUAUGUGAACAGAAAGUGCUGGUGUUUCACAACGAAGGGCAUGCAUGCGGUGGGGCAGUCGGAGGUUGUGAUCCUUCUUCAGUGUUUGCCGGAUGAGAAGUGUCUUCCCAAGGACAUCUUCAGUCACUUCGUACAGCUCUACCGCGAUGCACUGGCAGGCAAUGUUGUCGGCUGCUUGGGACACUCCUUCUUCAGCCAAAGCUUCCUGGGCAGUAAAGAACAUGGUGGGUUCCUGUACGUUACGUCCACUUACCAGUCAUUGCAGGACCUGGUGCUCCCGACUCCACCUUACUUGUUUGGGAUUCUUAUCCAGAAGUGGGAAACUCCAUGGGCAAAAGUAUUCCCCAUCCGACUGAUGCUGAGGCUCGGCGCUGAAUACAGACUGUAUCCGUGCCCUCUGUUCAGCGUCCGCUUCCGGAAGCCUUUGUUUGGAGAGACGGGACACACCAUCAUGAAUCUCCUCGCAGACUUCCGGAAUUACCAGUACACGCUGCCCGUGGUUCAGGGCUUGGUGGUGGACAUGGAGGUGAGGAAGACGAGCAUCAAAAUUCCCAGCAACAGGUACAAUGAGAUGAUGAAGGUCAUGAACAAGUCCAAUGAACAUGUGCUGGCAGGAGGGGCCUGCUUCAAUGAGAAGGCCGACUCCCACCUCGUGUGUGUCCAGAACGACGAUGGCAACUACCAGACUCAGGCGAUCAGCAUUCACAACCAGCCGAGAAAGGUCACUGGUGCCGGCUUCUUCGUGUUCAGCGGAGCUCUGAAGGCCUCCUCCGGAUACCUCGCCAAGUCCAGCAUCGUAGAAGAUGGAGUAAUGGUCCAGAUCACUGCCGAAAAUAUGGACUCCUUGAGGCAAUCAUUGCGGGAGAUGAAGGACUUCACCAUCACCUGUGGGAAAAUGGAUGCAGAGGACCCUCAGGAACACAUCCACAUUCAGUGGGUGGAUGAUGACAAAAACUUCAACAAAGGUGUGGUCAGUCCUAUCGAUGGUAAAUCAAUGGAGUCUGUAACGAGUGUGAAGAUAUUCCAUGGCUCGGAGUAUAAAGCAAAUGGAAAAGUCAUUAGAUGGACAGAGGUGUUUUUCCUGGAAAACGAAGACCAGCACAAUGGCCUGAGCGACCCUGCAGAUCACAGCCGGCUGACGGAGCACGUGGCCAAAGCCUUCUGCCUCGCCCUCUGCCCCCACCUGAAGCUACUCAAGGAGGAUGGAAUGACCCGGCUGGGGCUGCGAGUGGCCCUCGACUCCGAGCAGGGCGGAGGGUCCGUCACCGCCACUCAGUGGCCCAACGGCACCGGGGCAGCUCCGGGCUCUCGGGGCGUGAAGCGCGGUGGGUAG